GGCAUAUAAUAUGAUAUGUAUGGAAGCAUUACAAACUCUUAGCUGUUUUUCAUGGACAUAUAAAUCAUGAAAAUUUGUGUACUUUGGGUAGUAAUUUUGUACAUUUUGGUAGUUGUUAAUGGAGUUCACAUUACAAAACAGCCUUAUAGGACAGCCUUCCACUUUCAGCCUCUCAAGAACUGGAUGAAUGAUCCUAAUGGACCAUUGUACUAUAAGGGUGUUUACCAUUUGUUCUAUCAAUAUAAUCCUUACUCAGCAAUUUGGGGGAACAUGACUUGGGGUCAUUCAAUUUCACAUGAUCUAGUAAACUGGGUUCAUUUGGAACAUGCCCUUAACCCAAUAGACCCAUAUGAUUUGGGUGGGUGCUUUAGUGGCUCAAUUACAAUACUCCCAGGAGGAAAACCUGUGAUUCUCUACACUGGUGCAGAUACUCAAAUAUUCCAGUCACAGAAUUUGGCCUUUCCCAAAGACCCAUUAGACCCUUAUCUAAAGGAAUGGGUUAAAUCACCACAUAAUCCUGUAAUUGCUGCAACUGAUGGGGACAUCGAUCCUAGCAAUUUCCGAGACCCAACAACUGCUUGGAAAACGACUGAUGGUACGUGGCACGUUCUCAUUGGUGGAAAGAUAGAUGGUCGCGGAAUGGCUUUUAGGUACGAAAGUAAAGAUUUUAUCAAUUGGACUAGGAGCGAAAAACCUCUUCAUUCGUCAGUAAGGACUGGAAUGUGGGAGUGUCCGGAUUUCUAUCCUGUGAGUGUUAAUAGUAAAGAUGGAUCGGAGAACUAUCUUGAGACGGUGAAUACUAAGUUCGUUCUUAAAGCGAGCUUUCUUGAUCAUGAUCAUUAUAUACUAGGGUAUUAUAAGGCGCAAACAAAUGAAUUUGAGGUAGAAACAAGUGACUUCUUGGAAGGUAAUAUUGAUUGGAGAUAUGACUAUGGAGGCAAGUUUUAUGCCUCUAAGACUUUUUUUGAUAGUGGGAAAAAUCGACGAAUACUUUGGGCGUGGAUCAUUGAAGCUGAUGGUAGAGCAAACGACGUAAAGAAGGGGUGGUCGGGGCUUCAGUCGAUCCCUCGUGUAGUAUGGCUUAGUAGUAGCGGAAAGCAAUUAGUGCAGUGGCCGAUCCAAGAGAUUGAAAGUCUUCGCAAGAAUAAAGUCGAAAUCCAACACAAGGAACUCAAAAGUGGAUCAAUGUUUGAAGUAGUUGGCAUCACAGCAGCACAAGCUGAUGUCGAUGUCUCAUUUGAACUUCCGAACUUAGAAGAUGCUGAACAAAUCGAACCUAGUUGGACCGAUCCUCAGCUGCUAUGUACACAAAAAAACGCUUCAGGAGAAGGCAGAUUCGGACCAUUUGGCUUGCUAGUGUUGGCUUCCAACAACUUGACAGAACAAACAGCAAUUUUCUUUCGGGUUUUCAAGAAUCAAAGUAGACAUAUAGUCCUCAUGUGUAACGAUCUGAGCAGAUCUUCCUUGAGUAAAGAUGUCGAUAAAACUAGUUUUGGAGCUUUUGUUGACAUCUAUCCUCUUCAGAAGAACAUUUCACUUAGAACUUUGAUCGAUCAUUCAAUUAUCGAAAGCUUUGGUGGGGAAGGAUUGGCGUGCAUCACAGCUAGAGUAUACCCGGUUUUAGCAGUAGACAAGGAAGCUAAACUGUUUGUGUUCAACACAGGAAGCCUUAGCGUAAAGAUCUCGAAGCUCAAUGCUUGGAGCAUGAAAGCGGCUACGAUAGUUCCGUUCAUGAAAAGAAGAAAGCGGCCAAUUAAAAACUGAAGUUCGAGAAAGUAGGAAACAAGGGAAGCCAAGCUUAAAAAUAAUCAUAAGUAGUUCCAAGGGGCAUGGAGUUCAUUUGUGUUGGAAGCUGUAAGCUUAAAUGUUUGUUUUGAACUUUCUGAUGAUACUCAAUUAUUUAUGUAAUGCAAAUAAAAUACCCCUCCGUCCCUUUAAGUUAUCCGAGUAUGAUUUCCCCCUUAAGUUGCAAACUCUACGCCUCAUGGUUUGUAGGAAACUUGAAGAGCUUAGAAUCAGAGGCCAUAAGGUUGUAAAGUCAUAUCCGGAAGAUGGUUCAUUGCCCACCACACUCAAUUUGCUUGAGAUACGUUGAUUCUCAAGUCUUAGAUCAAUCAAUUGGAGGGAGCGUCAACAUAUCGCCUUUCUUCUCGAGUUAGAGAUUAUGAAUUGCCCAUUACUCUUUUCAUUCUCUGAUGAGUUACCCCAAUCUCUAAAGUGAUGGUGAGACGGUGUUGUAAGCCUGAUGGGCGUUAUGUAGACAAGGUUUCUCACAUAACCUGCCUUGAAAUGUAGUCUUCAUGAUCAGUAUUCUAUCUAAUUUUGCACAAAGAUGUAG